AUGGGGGAAGAGUAUAUGGUGCAUAAGGAUGCGAAACAGCCAGUUGGGGUCAGGGUGAAAGAUCUAAAAUCAUCUUACUGCAGGCAGCAAACUGGGGUUGUAUCUCAUUUUUGCCUUGGAAAUAUUGUUGGUAUUAACCUUAAAAAAUGGGAUCGGAAGUUCUUAGACAUGCCGCCACCACCGCUCUCCCUUCUUCUUUUAUCUCUUCAUCGGACUGCUGCGAAGACGCCGUCGCCGCCACCACCACCCCCAAGACGCUACUAUCGAGUGGGGCUAUUUGAACGUCGCGGAGUGAAGCGACGACCCAAAUCAAAAUAUUUCUUAAAUUGUGAUGCUUAUCAUAUGACUGAUCCUAGAGCUAAUGGACUUGGUGUCUCAUCAUGUAUCCAGAGUACCCUUGAAGAUGCUAGUUUGUCGAUUGAGGAGAUCCUACUUGGCUUAGAAUGA